AUGGAAGGAAAAAUCUUAACAAGGACUGCUUCAAGCAUUGCUAUGGAUGAUUACCUGACAAGACCCAAAACGCCGCAAUUCAUUACUGUCAAAUAUGGAGAUAACAAAAAACUGGUGCUGAAUCCCUGGUGCCGAUGCAAGGUUCUCCUGGAGCAUCUACACACAGCAGCAGAAUGUGCCGACGGAGUAAUUGUUGAUCUCGUGGACCCUGAUGGACGAGUGAAGCACCUGUCGUCAAAACCAAACGAAUACGCCAGUGAACAAGUUAGGAGUAGAGGGACGUUCAUUCUGAUCAGAGUCGAGAAGCAAGAAGGAGAAGCAUUACCCGACAAAUACCAUCCGCUAUUAUCAAGAACAAUAUUAGACGAGCAGUAUCCGGAUUUAAGAGGACAGUUAGCUAACCUCUCACGCUCACAAACGCCACUAAGCAGCUCCAUGUCAAAGCGACUACGCCGCAUGGGGACAGUAUCUAAAAUCAAAGUAAUGAGCAAAGAAGUCGGGAAGGAGAAACGGUCUAAAAAGGCUAGAUGAAUAUUAAAGUUGAUGUUUGGACUGAAAUUAAGACAACGGGUGCUGCCCCUAGAUUGCCAAGAAUCGGGACUUGAAUGGGGACUAGAUUGCCAAGAAUUGGGACAGGGACUGAUAGAGACUUUGACAGAGAAUAACAGUGUGUGAUUAAACAUGUAAUGAAAUAUGGAUCUGUGUCAUGUGUGUCAGAUUUAAGUUCAGUUUCGCUAUUUCUCAGCGAUUUUGUUAAAAGUUUAAUGUGAAUAUUGAAACAACAGAAACGUCUUUGGAUUUGGAUCAAAUUACGGCAGGAAUACAAAUAAACGAAUAAAAGCAUUCGCAUCGUAUGGCGUCAUUGUGAGUGACAC